AUGGAUCCCAAACUAUUUGCAGCAGCUGCUCAACAGGGCUUGAACAUGAACCAGCAAAACAACCCUAAUCUCAUGAUGAACUUUCAACAGCAACAACAACAGCAACAGCAGAAUCAACAGCAACCCAAUGAUAUCAACAACUUUAACCCACUGGCUGGCACAGGUUUAGGCAAUGUACCUUUUCACCCUGCCAAUCUCGGUGGUGCUGGUGGUGGUGGAGGAGGAGGAGGAGGUGGUGGUGGUAUGAAUUUUGGUCAAAAUGAUUUUGGAGCACUCGAUCAGACUGAUUUGAGUAACAUGAAUCCAUUCAUCCAAGCCAACCCAUCCCUCAUGAGUGGUAUGAACGUCGCUGCCGCUCUUCAGCAACCUCCCAAUCCAAGACAGACGUCUCAUCCUGCAUCCGUCUAUUCGCCUCAGAAUCUGAUGAAUUUGCAAGGGACCAAUAGCCCAGCUGCAUUGCAGGCACAAUUUCAAAACAGAAACAUGUUUCAAGGCAAUGGCACUAUGAUGCCAAACACACCUCAAGCACUGAUGUUCCAGCAACAACAGCAGCAGCAACAAGCAGCCAUGGCCAUGAAUAGAGCCAAACAGUCUCCAAGUCAGUCGCCUGCUUUGAACAAUGCCCAUUUCGCUGGAAAUGCAAUGGGUUCGCCUGUGAUUGGAAGCAGCCCUCAUUUAGCAGGUUCAAGGAUGGGAUCUGAUUAUGCUGCUUCCCCCAUGAAUCCCAAUGUAGGCUCCCCUGUGCAAAACUUUCAAGGCAACGGUAUCUCGCCUUCACCACAGAUGGCGCGUGUCAUUCCAUCACAAGCAAACAACCGUUACAUGCAGCACAUGAAUGUACAGCAACAGGCUAUGCUACAACAGCAGCAACAGCAACAGCAACAACAUACAAUGAAUAGCGCUUCUCCCUCACUACAAAAUCCAGUCAUCCCAUCUUAUGGCUCACCUCAACAUCAUCCUCAACCACAAGCCCCCUUUCCUCCACAACAGCAACAGCAGCAGCUACCACAAGAUCUGAUGGAGGAUCCAUCUAAAAACUACAGCAAUGCCAACAUGAACUUUGUUCAGCAAUCACCUAUGCAACAGCACGCAUCACCUAUUCCUCGUCAAUCAGCUACGCCUGGCAGCUCGCAUUCGACGCCUCGCCAACAGCAUCAACAAUUAGAGUCGAGCACACCUCAUAUGAGUCCUGCUAUUGCUGCUGCUCAUGCUGCUGCCCAAACACCCACUGCUAAAUCCACACCCACAGGUGCUAUAGCCAGUACAACAUCACCUUCUCCCAAACCAUACAAUGCACCUUCUGAAACGGCUUCACCAGCAGCAGCUACAACAGCACCUGCUGUUUCAAUCACCACCACUACAGAUCAGAAAGAUACAUCUCCACAACAACCUAAACAGCAAAUUACUUAUAUACCAAAGACGCGCAAUGUGGAAACGUAUGGUGGCGUUGAUUUGAAGUACUUUGACAAGUUUGAGAUCAAACCUCCAGUGCCUCAUUUGAACGAGUUGGGUGUGGUCGAUAUACAGGCACUCAUCAUGUCGUUGAAAUCAGGCAUGAAGAUGGAACUCACCAACGCACUGAACGUCUUGACGGUGCUCACUGUUCAGCCUCAAAUUCAUGCACAACAACAGCAGCAACCGCCUCAUUUACCCUUGAGCCAAUGCGAUGAUUUAUUAGACGUUUUGUUGGAUUAUUUGGAGGAGGACAUUUUGGGGACCAGCAGUCGAUUUCCUACGUUGCAUCACGACGGUGCAGUCAGCAAAGAGGAGCAAAAGACAGAAAGCCAAGUCUUGAGCGACUUGACCUACACAGACCUGUUUGAUAUGUCAUUGGAUGAAAUGAAAAGCCUGAUCCCACAACUAGAAAACUCGACAUCGGAUGUAUGGAUCUCACUGCGUGAACGCUGUUUGUGUAUUUUCAACAUUUUGCGCAAUCUGUCGUUUAUAGGCGAGAAUAUGGAGUACCUUGCUCGACAUCCUCGAUGCGUCAACUUGCUUGCCAGCAUUGCAGACAGUGCUCGUCAUGUCAGCGUGUUGGAUGGCCGUGAUACAACUGGAAAAGAAGCCUGGUUUGUAGGCAUUCGUCGCAUGGACACCUUGGAUUUCCGCAAAAGCAUCCUGUUGAUUUUUUCCAACAUCUCGAUAUACCUCGUAUUGCGUCAAGAAAAGACGGCUGCCGUAUUUGUUGAAUUGACACACGAUUUCCUGGUCAAUGGCCCUAAUACAUACUACUCACUCUUGGCGAUUGAAACAUGGACCAAGCUCACCGUCAACUAUGAUAACCGUCAGUUAUUGCAUUCACUGGUAUCCAAACCACACAUCUUUGACUUGAUCCAAGAGAUCUGGCUCGAGUUGACAGCUGUCAUUCGCAGGGAUUUCUUCUCGGCAGAUGGCCGUGUCAUGCAUGCCAUGACAUCCAAUCAAUUAGCCACACUUGAACUGACCAUCAUCGGAUUAUACAACGUUAUUGCUAUCGUGCAAGUGGAAAGCUUAAAGCAGCAAUUGGUCCAGAAAAACAAGAGCAUUGGCAUGAUGAUUAUUCGACUAUGUAUUACGUUGGCAGAGUCAGGCAACCCACAGUUUGGACUCGUCACCAAGCGUGGCAUGGAACUGAUUCGCUCGUUGGUGUGUGGUGGUGAUGGUAUCCGAAGGCGCAGUAAUCGCCAGCAACAGCAGAGACCACUGGAAGCACUUUCUCAAUACAACGUGAAGAAGGAUGAUAAGAGCGAGGAAGGGGACCAACCGUCCAUCUCUGAGGUGGCUAGUCGUAUGCUAGAUAUGCCUGUUGUUCGUGAAAAGCUCAUGUUGUCCAUGUUGAAGCCAACAACGGACCCAGAGAUUUUACGUGAAUUAUCUGAUAUUGUUUCCCUGAUAGAUGAAGAAACCACUGUAAAUUAA